GCGGCGCCUGCGGCCUCCGGCGCGUCGCCCCCCUCAGCCGGCCUGGCGCGAUGGUUGGCUCCGGCCGCGCCGCGCCCGGCGGUUCCCAGGCGGGCAGGCGGAGCGCGGGCACAGCGCGGCGGGCUGCGGCGCGGCGUGCUGGGUGGGCGCCGGCGCCCGGGGCUCCGCCGCGAUGCUGGGGCUGCUCGUGGCGGUGCUGGCCCUGGCGCUCGCCUACUUCGCGGGGCUGGACGGCUGGUACCUGGUGCGCGUGCCGUGCGCGGUCCUGCGCGCGCGCCUGCUGCAGCCCCGCGUCCGCGACCUGCUGGCCGAGCAGAGCUACGCGGGCCGCGUGCUGCCCUCGGACUUGGACCUGCUGCUGCACAUGAACAACGCGCGCUACCUGCGCGAGGCCGACGUGGCGCGCGCCGCGCACCUGGCCCGCUGCGGCGUGCUCGGGGCCCUGCGCGCGCUCGGGGCGCGCGCCGUGCUGGCCGCGUCGUGCGCGCGCUACCGCCGAUCGCUGCGUCUGCUCGAGCCGUUCGAGGUGCGCACCCGCCUGCUGGGCUGGGACGACCGCGCCUUCUACCUGGAGGCGCGCUUCAUCAGCCUGCGCGACGGCUUCGUGUGCGCGCUGCUGCGCUCCCGCCAGCACGUGCUGGGCACCUCGCCGGAGCGCGUCGUGCAGCACCUGUGCAGGCGCAGGGUGGAGCCCCCGGAGCUGCCGGCCGACCUGCAGCAUUGGAUCGCCUACAACGAGGCCAGCAGCCAGCUGCUCCGGGCCGAGAGCGGGCUCCACGAUGUCGCAAAGGACCAGUGACCACCACGGCCUACCCGCCCGGCCUGCCCGCCCUGCCCGGCAGCCUUGACCUGGGGGCAGCUGCCCGCCCUGCCCCACCUGCCAGGGGGCAGAGCUCGCAGAAUGGGCUGGCUGGGCUGGGCUCUCCCUGAGCCGGAGUGGCCUGGUGACCGGCCCAGUCUCCUUCACACGCUCAAGGCCCUCCCCCUGCCCCCAUCACUGAUGCUCCUCUAGGCCCCACCCCACAGCAAGCCUGGGAUGGAUGGCGUGACACAGGCACACAGACCAGCUCUGCCCUCAGGGUGGUGACGAUGGCCUUGGCAUGCAGGCAGCGGGUCGGGGCGGGGGCGGGAUUUGGGGGCACCAGCCCUGCAGGGGAAGCCAGGCUUCCAUACGCCGCCGAGUGGAGAGAGUGCUGGAGCAGGGGACCGGCGGUUGCCUUAGGCAUCAGAGCGUGGAGUCCAAGCGGCCACGGCGGUGAGGCAGGAGCAGUCCUGGAGGCAGGGCUGGGGCUGGCCAGGGCCUGGGGACCUGACGCGGGCACAGCAAGGAGCUGGGAAGGAUCAGAGCAGCAUUUCAGGGCAGAUGGCUCUGGCUGCGAGUGAGGGACGGGCAGGCCCAGGGCAGAGUGGCAGGCCAGGGGUCAGGCGGGCUGACCCAAGGGCACUCAGGAGGGAGCCUGGCCACCGCGUUCCUGGGGUGGGGGUAGGGCCUGCAGCAGAGGCUUGUGGCCCUGGGGAGCGCCUGGGGCCAGCGCGGGUCGGGUGGCACAGGGGCUCCUGUGCAGGUGGCGAGCUGCCGUAGCUGGGGGUGUCCCAGUCGGGGCCUGCUGCUGAGGCGGUUUUGGGAGUGGGAUUCUGCCUGGGUGCCUUCACCCAGCCGCACCCCUCAGCGCCCGCAGGCCUAUGCUGUGUGACCCCGAUUGGGGUCCUGCCCUCUCUGGGCCUGUAGCGCCUCAGUCGUCUGCCCUCCCGCCGGGGCUGUCCGUGCCUGACCUCCUGCCCGCUGCUGACUGUCUUCCUUCCUGUGCUCAGAGCCGCCUCCCUCAACGCGCUGAGGCUGGAGAGGGUCUCCCUGGCGUUGCCUGAGCAGCUCUGUCCUGGCAGCUGCUCCUGGGGCUCCUGCGGUGUCCCCAGCCUGCUGGGACGCGGCUGAGGCCUCCCGCUCCUGCCCGGUCUCCCGCCUUGCCGCUGGGGAAAGGGAGGCCUGGAGAGAAGCGGGCCCUGGCCCAGAGCCUCCAGAGCUGCACGACCAAAGCAGCCGAGGAUGGUGCCCAGUGCUAACGCCUGGAUUCUGGAUGCAGGAUGGGAGGCUCCAGCGGCGAGCUGACAGGCCAGUCACCCGACGAGGGCUGGCAACAGCCAGGAUAGCAGCCAGGCCUGUCUGACUCUGCUCUUCACCCGGCCACCAAGCUUGACCUGGGUGCAGCUCACAGGGAUACAGGUGGUCACGCUCAGGACGCGAUGGGUCGCAGUCCCCGUGGGCUCCGUGCUGCAGCUGGAGUCGGCUGAUCUAAGUCCCCCGCCACCAGAGCAGCAGAUGUCACAAAGCUCACCAAAGCUGCGGGAAGCCACCCUCACGUCAAGCCUGGCGAUGGUGGUAAGGUGGCCGGCUGGGGUGUGGGGGCAGGUGGCGGGGACUCCUAGGGACGGGCAGGCAGUCCCGGGAAAGCGGAGAUAUCUGUGCCCCGCGGGUGCCCCCACGAGCUAACCGUUCUGCCUCCCCUCCUCUGCUCUCCCUCCCAAUGCCUCCGGCUUUCCCUAUGCUGUUCCUUCUGCCCUCCAGGCAAAACAGGCCCCAACUCAGACGCUCCCUCCUCUAAGAAGGCCUCCUGGGUUUCCAGGGCAGAGUUGAGGGUCCCUCCUUUGACGUGUCCACUGUGAGCUGCUGGCACCCCUGCCCCUGCUGUGACGUGCCCCUGCCCCCAUAUGAUCCGGUCUCUGGACUCCCUCCCCACCCACCGCCCAGGUGUGAAGGACGUGGGUGGGGCGUUCACCCCCUCGUCGCUGCCCCCAGAGCAUCCAUCCCACUGCUCCCCAAGACGGCCACAGGGCUCUGGGCCCCGCUCUCCAGCUGGAAGAGCGGUGACCCCAGCCUGGGCCUGCUCUGCGUGGGAGCAGGUGGGACUUGAGCGGGGGCCACUGGGGCAGAGAAGGGUCUCUAGGCGGCGACGUCUCAGUGGACCAUUUAGCACCCGGCAGGGCUCCCGUGAUCCACUGGCCCUGGGCUGAGCCCGCGGAGGGAGAGGAGGCCUCCUGACCCCCACGACCCAGCGCGGGCGGGUGACAAGAGCGCUCCCUGCGUUGAGCUCAGAUCCCCCUGGGCGUCCCAUCCUCAUCCAUCCACCCUGACGACCCAGGGGCCAUUCUCGGAGGUCAGUGGUCCCUGGGGCCCAGCCUCAUAGACCUUUCCCACAUGACAGAGUCCCCUCCACCAGGGUCCCUGCUGGGGAGACAGUGAGCAGAUCCCAGAGACGGCGGGGAGGCGCGGCGCUGGGCCGGGGCUGGGGCUGUCCACUGUGCUUCCUCUGUUCAUCUCUUUUUGAGCCACGGCCCGGUGAGGGGGGUGCUGAUGCGGGGUGGGGGCCCAGCUGGUUUCGUUCGGGCAUCUGGGUGGGUGGAGAUGCCACCGCAGCUCGGGGGUCCGUGGGGAGAUGACGAGGCCGGCUGUGGGCAGCCCCAUGUGGCGGGAUGUCCCCGAGGAGCCCAGGAGCAGACCUCUGGGGCAGAUGCAGCCAGCGACAGUGGGUGUGGGCGGAGCCAGAGGAGACUGCGGUGAUGGGAGUGGGAAACUGCCCCCAACAUAAGGCCGGAGUGGACAGGGGAGAGACCGGGGUCCUCCCUGGGGAGAGGAAGGAGAAAGCCAGGAGAGGGUGGACCUGGGAAACAGGCCAGGGCAUCGAAUUCAGGUGGGCGGGGUCACUGCUGC